GUCCCUCUGGCGCACCGAACCGUCCAUCAGUACCAUCUCGUUGUCCUCUCUGUGCACUUUGUGAAAUAAAAAUCCCCAUCCCAGCACCAUGAGCACUUCAAAUUCACCCAGCAGGAAGACUCAGGAAUUUACCUGGCUCACCUUCCCGGGCUACUGCUAUGACCUCGUGCGCAAUGGCGUUAGUGAGGCUGUGCAGCGCCUUCGCAUGAGGGAGGCCAUACAGCACCUGGUGUUCUUCUCCCGUGAAUAUCCUCUUCUAUUUGUCUGCACGAUCGCUAUUAUCCUCACCACUGCCUUCCCCAUCACACUCUUCUUCCUCUUCAUCAUGUGCUCCGUCAUUUUCGGCUUUACGGGACUCGUACUCAUUGAGGGCGCUCUCAUCACAACGGGCUCUCUCGUUGUCUGUGGCUUCAUUGGGAGUCUCCUUGUGAUCCUUCUGGUUGCAACUGCAUCCCUCCUGGUGGGAUAUUUUGGCUUCUCCCAGGUCUACAAUCUCUUCUAGCCAAUGAACCUCUACCCCAAAAUUAUGUGGUAAUAAAUUUCAGCCCCUCCUUAGAGAAAAAAUAUUAAUGUACAAAAUAAAAAAAUAAAAUAAACAUUUAUUAAUUUAA